GUAUUUGCGUAGCGAGGUGAAAACCACAAUCGAAUUAGUGCAUUAGCUGGUUUUCUUUUAAAGUCCCUCUUUGCAUCAGCAGAUCGGAGACGUGUGGUAUCGGAUUUUAGAAAGUGUUUCUGAGUGACCAAAACAAGCAAGAGCAACGCAAUAUUCCUUCGGGUGUUGUGUUUGCAGUCGAGUUAUGGUCGAUACGAGGGUGAAAGAGAAAGUGCGGCCCCGCGCGGCCAUGGCAGGUUACGAAAAUAGGCGCCUGAAGGUGCUGGCAAUCUGCGUGAUGUUGUCCAUUUCGACCUUGCUACCGACGACCGAUGCGCUGAAGAGCAGCAAGAGUCGCAGCAAGAGCUCGUCUUCGUCAUCAUCUUCUGGACGCGUCUCGAAGCCAACCGCGUCAUCUUCCAGUUACUCGAACCCCGGAAGUCUGAGCUAUUCAGGCUAUCAGGCGAAACCCGCUCCGAAGCCUGCUCCGAAACCGUCGGCUCCGGUCGAUUCGUCGUCGAACCAGCAGCGCAUUGGCUGGAAUACCAACAACCAGCAGUCGAAACCCGCCGUUCAGCCAGCGACGGCCAACAAACCGCCUCCAUACCCGGUCCAGCAGACCCACAACACUCAUCAGACGCAUUCGGCCCCGGGUGCUCCGCCACCACCUUACUCGCAUGGGCCUCCGCCACCGUACUCUGCGGCUAACAAUCCUAACGUGAACUCACGCUUCGAACCUCCGCCGAUGUACAGUCCUGGCAGUCAAGGAUUCAAACCGGGUCAGCCGGGCGGCUUCGGGCAGCCGGGAGGAUUUGGCCAGCAGGGAGGAUUCGGCGGUGGUGGUUAUCAUGCUCCGAUGGGUGGAUAUGGCGCUCCGCACGGCACGUUCCAAGGAGGUGGUGCUGCUCCGCCCGUAAACUACGCUCCGGCUCCUGCCUUCCCGAUCGCUGCCAUUCCGGUGGGCGCUUAUAAGCCACAAUCGUCCGGAAUUGGGGUUGGUGGUAUUGCUGCUGGCAUUGGCACAGGACUGCUGGCCGGUGCAGCGGGAUCGGCGCUCUAUAACGCACUCCGACCGGAGGAUCGAGGUCAGUAUCGAGGUGACCGUGUAACCAUUAUCAACAAUGCUCCCCCAGCGGCUGCCGAAGGCGCGGCAGCCCCGGCCGCAGCAGCUCCUGCGGCCCCGGCACCAGGUGCCCCCGCAGCAGCCCCAGUUGCUCCAGCUGCACCGGGUGUACCAGCUCCUGCUGCUCCUGGGGAUGGUCAACCAUCGGUUCCGCUAGCACCGUUCCCUGCCGCUGAUAACUCUAACGCUCAGUCAGCACCACCCGGAGUACCCGAUGCGCCAAUGAUUUUGAAUCAGAACGCCACCAUGGAACAGAAGCCGUCAGCUAAUGAACCCGAGUCUGGAACUCCGCUUGCCGAGGUCCCCGUAUCUCCUGCGUCCACCGAAACGACCACCGUGGGUCCAAAUUCGAAGCAGUAUAUUGCCCCACCGGGCCAGUACUAUCCCGCCACCGGUCAGUACGUCCCGCCAGGGGAGUACGAUCCAGCCACAGGAAUAUUCACUCCCGGCCGCUACAUCCCGGACACGAACAUUUUCCAAUCCGGACAGUACGAUCCGCUGACACAAAUGUUUAUCCCCGGUCGCUACGAAUCCACCGGUCAGUUCUUGCCGGAUCCUAAUCAUCCACCGCUGUCGCUUGCACCGAGUGCACCGAGUGCACCGACGGCCCCGGAAACGGUCACGCCGGCAGUCUCAUCGCAGCUGCAAUCGGAACGGGUAGCGACGGGUGGCGGCGUCACCGCAACGUGCAGCUCUCUUUCGGUCGUAACGGCGCUCGGUGCGCUGCUGAUGUCCGGCCGAUUCCGGCUGCUCGGAGUCGGCUUUUAAGUCCGUAAUUUACGCUCGCUGUUAUCAUCCGCUGGCGCAUCUAAAUUGUAGCUAUUCCCGUAGAUCGGCGGUAUACUAAGAGGCAAAAUUUGCGAGAAAACAGUACAGGCGAGGCUAUUUCCAUAUUUCGAGAGUGGUGAGUAUUGCAGUUUUAGGACGAGCGAACGCAACCUGCUAAUUCAUAAUUUAACUCACUUGAUUAAUGACAAGAAAGAUAGAGAGAGAAAAAGAUGGAACGGAGGGAAGAAACUCACACUUCGGAUUAAAACCGGUUGACCUUUGCUAGUUGAUCUCUCUAUUUACGAGAAGAUACGAUUCAUGACGUUGUUUUUGCUACUUCGGUUUAUUCACACAGCGAAGGUUAUCAGUUCUCAAGCUAUAUAAGAUAAAUUAUGUGCAUUUCUCUCAAUACAUUAUCAUAUUAUUUACCCAACUGACGCAGAAAACAUGGACUAUAAAGUAGUAUUCAGUUUUGUGGUAACAGUUAAUCUGACAUUGGUCCAUUGGGCCAAAUUUAACCUCUCUCUAUCGCAGCGUUUCGAACCUAAACUGCAGUACUGGGUAAUAGUGGCGAGAGCAUUCGCAACGACUACAUGACUUUGUAUUUAAAAUUUAACGUGUAUUAGGAAAGCAUUUUUUCAUAUUGUGGUUGAAAAUACUCCUGUAGAAAUCUUUUGAAACGAUUCACUGUACCUCCUACUUUACGGGAAAUGUCGUGUCUUAGUGUUAGCAUUAAAAACUGAACCAAUCAAUACGAACGGUACGCCACCAGCAAGUGUAGUAGCAAAAGGCUGGUAUUUUCCGUCAAUCAGGACGCUACAAACUAUGCUCUCUCUGUAAUUGCCCUCUCUGUGACCUAUUUCUAUCUACUUCUCUACCGCCAAACUACUAUACACAGAUAUUUUAAAUCAACCUUAUUGAGAAUAGCUGUUUUAACGAUUAAAACCACCAAUAAUGUGACGCGGUGUUCGAUCGAACAAUAAUCGGUGCCGGGCCAAAGUAUUUCCUGUAGAAUGGACGGUAUGUUGUUAGAGCAUGCCCCCACACAUAUGUGGAGAAGUUUUUGAACACAUUUUACUGUUUCGCAAUAGCUUCAGUGGUCUUCAAAAAAGCGCCAAUCUUUCACCGUACUCAUGGACCGCGGAAUUUCAUGAGCUCCAAAUUCGUAUUAGGCGUCGGCUGUGUAGGAAAACUACAGGAACACUGUAGGAUAUCGAUGCUCUAAGCAUUGUCCAUUCAUUGAAGCUUUCGAAGAAAAAGAAAUAGCAAAGGUGCUUUUCAUUUAUUUACAGUGCACUAUUUGUUCAGCUGGCUGGAGUUGAAGCAAUUGAAAUAAAAAACUGAA